UCUACACCCGACCGGAGACCAGCUGAUUCCCAACAAGACCGUCAUCUGCAUCUGGACUGCCGGCAGGCAACGUGGCAAGACUCACAGCUUCAACAUUACUAAUUCCCUGAAAUUAAUCUGCAGUCUGAAAACGCGGUUAGUCAUUUCGCAGUGACAAAUGUUUUUUUUUUGUGUGUGUGUCAUCUUUAGCCUGAGGAUGGACGUGGUUUCCUGUUUUUUUGACUUGUGGGACUUCAGCUGUCAAACUCUUUAGGGCGUGCUCCCCAUGUUUACUCUCAACGGAGAUGAGGGAAUAUACGUCAACAUACACUGAAAAAUUAAACUUUUUUUUCUUUUUUCUCUCGUUCCCCCAUGUAUUUGGACCAUGUACAGAGUUUGAUACCUGUGACUCCAGAGACACAGCACAUUUUAAAAUGGGUUGCAGCAUUGUGUGAACUUUAUCCUCUUGUUAUCAUGUUGACUGGUUAUCAGCUGGUGUGAAAUGAUGUGGCAGUAGGAGACGUACUUUGACUGCAUCUGGUAUGUCUGAGCGGUUCUGGUGUUAAGAGGGCGUCAUGGAUCACAGAGGUCAACAGUGGGCCAACUCUGGACCUCACUCUCACAGGGCAAAAGACAGAGAGGGCUAUUCUAGGCAUUCUCAGCACGAAAGGGAGCAGAGCUACCCAGCACCGGACCCCAGAGAGAGGGACAGGCGCUGGGGUCAUCCUGAUCCCCGCUACAGAGCUCAUUUCACCAGCCCUCCCGAGCAGUUUCCUUACAACGCUCAGCAAUACCCCUAUGGCUACAGGCGACCAGAAUACCAAAGACCCCAGUCAAGGCUGGGAUAUGACUACCCACCCCACAGCCAGUGGGAAUACAGAGACAGCUACGGCUAUUAUGACUACUACAGAGGACAGCAUGGACGCCAACAAGAUGCUGCUCAGUGGGGUCACCAAGACUCCUGGAGAGCAGAUCAGUACCAGGAGAGAAAUCCGACGCAGGAACAUCCAGCAGGCGGCGGCUACACAGAAGAGUACAGGUACGACAAAGGGAGAGACACCUCCCAGCAUCACUUCAAUGACUACGAGGACAUUCCCUCCAGAGACAAUGAAGAGAUUUCCUCUUAUUACCUUGGGACGUUAGAAAGUUCCAAAAACUCAGGGCUAUCCUCCAGCAGCUAUGAGCUGAGUCAGUACAUGAAUGGAGCCGAACACACAGACUCUGUCCCUCAAUUUGUUAACGCCACUGAUGGAGAUUGUGAACCUCUGCCUCAGGUGUCGGCUCCUCUGAAGUAUUCGAUCCCUCAUGCGGUCGUCAGCUUCGGGCCUGCGGGCCAGCUGAUACGGGUCACUCCAGGCUUGUCGGCGCAGGAGAACGUCAGCCAGCUGGAAAUACACAGUCUGGAGGUCAUUUUAAGUGAGACACAGGAACAGCAGGAGAUGAGAACCUUCCCAGGGCCUUUAACCAGGGAAGAUUUGCACAAAGUGGAUGCGAUGGAGUUUGCCCACCAGAGGGCAGGCGUUUGCAUGAGAGAUGGAAAACUGCACGACAAGACCUCUGCUGCCCUCUUGUGGAACCUACUGAUACUUGUCUGCAGACAGAAUGGACAAAUAGUUGGAUCAGAUAUCGCAGAGCUGUUGAUGCAGGGCUCACAUUCCGACGGAAGCUGGGACUCAGGCGCUCCUACGCUCAUCGACUUCAAUGACGACACGAAUGCUGAAGCACCACCAUGUAGAGGAGACGACCUGCUCACGGGAAACUGGAGCAGCUUCGGCCGCGAGUCUUCUGAAAAGGCCCUGCAGAGCUACACUCAGCUGCUGCUGGCUGGAAGGAAGAAGGAGGCCUUGGAGUCGGCUAUGACUAGCGGGCUGUGGGGCCACGCUCUUUUUCUGGCCAGCAAAAUGGACAACAGGUCAUACACCACUGUUCUUAACAGGUUUACAGGCCAACUGACCGCCAGUGAUCCCCUCCAGACUCUCUUCCAGCUGCUCUCUGGGAGAAUCCCUACUGUAGCGACGUGCUGCGGAAAUGAAAAAUGGGGAGACUGGAGGCCCCAUCUGGCUGUUAUGAUCUCCAAUGAGACGGGAGAUCCAGCCGUCCAACAGAAGGCCAUUGUCACCAUGGGAGACACACUCGCCUCCAGAGGCCUCGUACACGCCGCCCAUGUGUGCUACUUGACAGCCAGCGUUCCCUUUGGGGUGUUCACGCAGAAGGCAGAGAGACUGGUGCUUCUAGGCAGCAGCCAAAGGCAACCUUUUAAACACUUUGCCACAAACUCUGCCAUCCAGUGCACCGAGUUAUAUGAGUACAGCCAGAUGCUCCAGGGCAAAUGCUUUUCAAUACCAUCCUUUCAGGUGUAUAAGUUCCUGUAUGCCAGUCGGCUGUUGGACUGUGGCCUUUCAUCACAGGCUUUCCAUUACUGUGAGGUGAUAGGAAAGGCCGUCCUCCGGCAGAGGGAGCCAUUCUUUGUGCUGACCGACGAGAUUAUUAAGUUGUCAGACAGACUGAAACACACAGAGGGUCAGUUCAGUGAACCAGGACUAAGCGGAAACGUGUUGGAACCCGACUGGCUAAAACACCUGCGAGCGAGGCUCCACAGUUUACAGACGGGGAGUUAUGACUGUACUGAAACACACCAUGAGGAUAGUUUUUUAGCACACGAAGACAGCAAAGUGUGCUCAGAAUCUGAUUUGGAUGAUCUACGCCAUGGCAUCCGGAGUCCAGAGCCUGAACUCCUUUACUACAGGCGCCCUGAGGACCAAGAAAUCCUGAUGCACCAAACUGAAGGCAAAACAGAGGAAGUGACAGCAAUGACGUGGGGAGGAGUCGGAGGAGCUCAGGACUGGCAACAGGCCAGUUCUCUCCCAAUGCCAGUAACGGUGGUCUAUCCUGCUCCAGUGGUAGAGAGCCAAACGUUCAGUUAUCAUAACACAGAUAGUGCUGAGGUUAGGAGUGCCUCACUACAUUGUCCUCCGAGUUAUUUGCCAUCAACAGCUGAGGAGUCUGGGUUAUCCCCUGAAGCAGAGGCGAUGGAUAAUAGGAUGCUGGGGGUGGACAUCAGCGAAAACGGACAAAGCCAGCAGAUAAUCCCUCGAGGUUUAGAGGCCCCAGAGCAGACCAAUGAGGCCCCUGUACAGAAUGCCAAGAAAGGAUGGUUCAGUGGCUGGUUCAAAUCAAAACCCAAAGACGUCCAAAAGGAGAAUUCAGAGAAUCGGGGCCCACCUCAGACGGAGCUAUCGCACACUACUAGCUUCUGUCCUCCUCCCCCACCUGCUGUUAUUCCUCCGUCCACGCUUCCAAGCCAGCCUUCCUCUGCAGGGAUAAAUCCCUUUUCAAGGAAAGCAGGCCAACAGCUGGGGUAAAUCGAGGUCAUUCACCUGUAACACAGGAUCUCUGGUGCCACUAAAGCACAGCUGUAGCUGUGAGUGGAUGCCCACCACUGAUAGUGUUUGGUUGUCUAAUGAUUACAUCCCAUUGCUUGGAGGGACACGAUGUGCCCAAAUGGCAUUUUUAGAGAUGCCAUUUCUACAGUUUGCCUACCACCAUCUUGCAUAUUACAUACAAAAAUACUCCGUAUGGACAGCAAUAACAACUCAUAUUGCAGCAACUAACAGCUGAGGUAUGCUUCCACGAAAGUGUGCAAGGUAUAUCUGGAAAUAGCAUUUUUGACCCCAGUCAGCCUUUAUAUAUGAAGGAUCUGAGACUUGGGACUAAAUGUGCCAGUAACACUGUGGCAAGUUCUAGUGUGGCAAUCUCAUUGUGUUAUCUUUUAAGAUGCAAUGUAUUAGCACUAAACAUUGGAUACAGUUCAUUGCUGUUGUAAUUUAUCAAACCUCAGAAGAGUUGCCUUUAAUCUUCCAGGCUGAAUAAGCAGAAUUUGUUGCCUUGCAAGGCUAGCAAAUUAUUAUAUAGUAAUAUUAGUUUUAAUUAUACAUGGCACAUGUGCUGAAAAGUUAUCUGAAAUAGUGUGUUGUCAGUUGUCGUGCUGCCCAGAUAGCCACAUGAUGGGAAAGACCUCUGCCAGGCAAACAGCCAACACUUCAACUCUUCAACCUUGCCCCAGUCAGCAGACAGGAAAAGGACUUAACUGUUUCUGAUUUUUGCAAUGCCUUCAUAUGAGAAGUAAUACAGCUAGCAAAUGAACUAUUGCCAGCCCACUGGGCUACUUAAAAUGUAUAUAAGACACGCAUUGAAAUUCUCUUGGAAUUAAUUUUAGAACCACUUUUUUUUAUUACUGUCACCUUGUAAAGAAGUUCAGAUGUAAGCCUGACACCUUUCCUUAAGCCAUAUGGCCUUGUCCUAGUAAGUAUUAAUUUCAGUAUGUUUUUGUAUAUCUGUAUCAGCACAAUAAAUGUAUUAAUUGCCA